UCGAUAGGGGGAGAUAAACAAUACUUUUGAACGUAUCAAAGGUUAUCAAAUUACACAUUCAGGAAGCAAUUCUGCCCGGAAACCACGUAAAUCUUCAUUAGUAUUUGCAAUUGAGAAUUGAAGGUGGUUUGUACGCCAGUAUUUAAUACUUCAUUGUGUUCCUGGGUUGUAUCACGUAGUCCGUGGUGGUUGGAGAGAAGUGGGCCCCUCCCCCUCAACCAGCAACUAUGUCGAGACAAGAAUGUGGUGGAGGUGAUUUCCAUGGAAACAGAGAGGUCAAUCAGAAGCCAAGGCCAUUGAGAUCAAAUGCCAUGCCUGAUAGGGAAAUUAAGAAAUUUAGUCAAAAUAUAGGUAAAGAUUUUCACCAAUUGGCUCUAUUUCUGAACUUUGAACAGAGACAGUAUGAUAUGCUUGUGAGAUCAUUUCAGGGUAUAUCUGAGCAAACAUUUCGCCUGGUGAAGGCGUGGCAUGAUGUUGUGGUUGACUGUGAUGAGAACCCAAAGGAGCUGUUAGCUUCAGCUUUGCUAGAUAUUGGAAACAAAUACUUGGCCGUGACAUACUUUGACGAACAAUUUGCCAAUGAUGCAGAGGGAAAAGAACCAAAGCAAGAAACAAUUGAAAAGAUACAGGAGAUAGACUUUGGAGCUGUGGUCAAUUAUGGUGCUUCAGCGUCGGGGUCGAACGAUGUACCCGAUUCUAGUGCUGGUACCAGUGGACUAUUCAAAAAAAGAGAUGAUGACACAAUGACACAAACAAUGGUAGAUUGCUUUGCCAGUCACAUGAAGUCUGUUGCAGCUUUAAUAAUUGGAGGACAAGUAGUUGGAACAGCAUUUCGUGUUGGAGGAAUGUUCUUGAUGACUGCUUUCCAUGUUGUACGAGCCAUAGUUGAUCCUGAUAAGAAAAGAAGCUAUUGUAAGAGAAAUCUGACAUUGGUGAAAAUAAAUUUCAAUGUUUCACCCAUUGAACCAGACAUAUCUAAUUACAAAUUGGAAGAAUGGUUGUACUUCGAUGAGCCUCAUGAUGUUGCAAUUCUUAAAAUAGCCAACCCAGAUACGAGAUUACCUCCGCGAAUGUUUCUUAGGAAAGAAUACGUUGACAGAUCACUGUUGAACGCAGUUCAAAUAAUUGGUUAUGGUCACCCAAAAUGUUAUCAGAAACGCCUUGAUCCGCAUUGUAAGGUUGUCUCUCCUAAUGGGCCAGAGAUGGUGCAGGCAAAGGAAUGGCUAGAAACAAAAAAAGGAUAUUAUAAAACGCACUUGUCCUAUCAAGGGAAAGAUCCAACCUUAGUUGAUCGAGGAUACAAACCCUUCGACGCUCCAUUUGUGCUGCUUUUCCAUUGUUUUAUGGAGCAUGGCGCCUCAGGAGCCCCGAUCGUCAGGGUUUGUCAACAUGCAGCAAACACGGCAGCAUCUGUUGAGGUGAUAGGCGUAGUAACAUGUGGUCUCCCGGAAUUCUUUUUUGAUCUUUCAAAUAUUCUACAGAGUGGUUUUCCAAAUGAAAAACGUUUUGAAGUCGGCUCAAGAAUGUCUUACAUUUUUGAGACAUUAGAAAAAAACAGGGAAAUUGAUGGUGAUUUGGUGGCGCAGCUUUUUCACUUGCAGCACCCUGAACCAUUGGAUCAACGCCGUGAACCAAUGGAUAUAUAGUCCUGACUUUAAAUAAAGAGACGAGUCUGGUUGUUUCAUAAACUGUAGAACCACGGUUGUUGAUAUAAACAAGAUUUUUGGAUGGUGGUACUAUAUAGUUUUUCAUUUGAAUGUUAUCAGAAUUGUUUGGGAAGUGUUGAACUGCCAUUGCUUAUCUUCUAACAAACACAAAGAUGGCCAUACAAACCAGAAAUUGUGACAUGGUAAAUAUAUUGCCAUUUAUGGUCGAUACAGACAUGAAUAAGCAAAAGCAGUUUUGAGUUUAACGCAAAGUUUUGAAAAAUGUAUAUACUUGAACAUCUAUUUUGACAGAGAUAUGUUCAUAGUAAAUCCACCCUUGUAUUUGUAAUAAUAAAAAUGAAGAUCAAUAUAUCUUCAUAAUGUACAAACCAAAUUUCUUAAAAGGUCUUUUAACUUAGAAACAUAUGAUAAAUUAUUUUCAGUUUUGAAAUGAUUGAAAACAAUUUCCAUGAUGAUAGUCAUUUGUUUUUAGCUCUACUGGCCAAAGGCCAGAAGAGCUUAUGCGAUGGUAAUGUGUACGUAGUAUGUGCGUCCGUGCGUCUGUAAACAAUUCAUAUUAACACGAUACAGCCUUCAGUUUUGAUUGUAUCUUGAUGAAACCUGUACAGUAUCUACAUAUCCAUUAGAGCUCGGUUCUUUUCGAAAACCAGCCAGAUCCGCCCAUGCAUGCCUAGAUUAUGGGCCUUGAUAGUAUAAAAAUCCUGUAAACAAUUGCUCGUUAACACGAUACAGCCUUCAGUUUUGAUUGUAUCUCGAUGAAACUUGUCCAGUAUCUACAUAUCCAUAAGAGCUUGGUUCCUUUCAAAAACCAGCCAGAUCCGCCCAUGCAUGCCUAGAUUAUGGGCCUUGAUAGUAUAAAAAAAUCAGUUUGUCAGUAAACAAUUCCUGGUUAACACGCUACAGCCCUCAGUUUUGAUAGUAUCUCGAUGAAACUUGUCCAGUAUCUACAUAACCAUAAGAGCUCGGUUCCUUUCGAAAGCCAGCCAGAUCCGCCCAUGCAUGCCUAGAUUAUGGGCCUUGAUAGUAUAAAAAAAUCAGUAUGUCAGUAAACAAUUGUUUGUUAACACAAUACAGCCUUCAGUUUUGAUUGUAUCUCGAUGAAACUUGUACAGUAUUUGGAUAUCCAUUAGAGCUGGGUUCCUUUCGAAAACCAGCUAGAUCAGCACAUGCAUGCCUAGAUUAUGGGCCUUGAAAUGAUUAGAUUUUGGGCCUUGAUAGUAUAAAAAAAUGCUAUUGUGUAAUAAAUGCUUGCGAACAUAAUACAGUCUUCAGUUUUGAGUAUUCAGAUAUCUAUAAGGGGUUGGUUCUUUUCGAAAACAGUGAUGUUGACCACACAAACACAGCCAGUAGAGCAUAGGCCCUUUUGGGCCUCUUGUUCUAUAAUGUUAGCAUAGUAUUUUGAAAUUUUAUCAUUUUCUUUGACUUUCGAUCUCUACUUGUAAAAAGUGAUCUUAAAAUCAUCAGGAUGGAGGAAGUCACAAUGGCAUAAUGUUGCCGAGGUUUAUAUCAGGAUGGAGGAAGUCACAAUGGCAUAAUAAUGGCGAGCUUUAUAUCAAUCAUGUUCAUGCUCACAUCCUAAACCAUAAUGUGUACAGGCGGUAGGUUGUAUUCAUCACUUUCGUGACAGAACUACUUUAAAUUGUUUUAAAGUAUUCAUGGGUGAAAGUUUGAAUUUUUCAAAAUACUGAAAAUAGGGUGUUUACAUAGGGAAAUGCCAUUUUUACAAUACAUUAAAUAGGAUAAAUAUUUUCCAAAAUACUGAAUUCAGUAUCAAUGCUGAAAACUUUCACCCAUGAGUAUUUGCGAUUUUUUAAACAGUUUUGUGAAUCACUUUAUAACAGUUGAACCCCGUUGGCUCGAACACCCAGGGACCCGGCGAAAAUACCUCGAGCCUCGGAAAAUUCGAGCCAAACGGGAAUGCUUACCUUCAGUAUAUAGAAAUCAGUCUUUUACACCCAGUUCCAGCCAACGAAGAAUUAGCCAAAGGGGUUCGAUUGUAUUUGCAUAAAGUGAGAACAUUGUGAACAUUAUGUUAUUGUUGAUUUUUUAUUACAUGUUGUUGUAUACAAUCAAUUUUAUACAGUGUUCUUACAGAUUAAUUUUAUUUCGACUAUGUUUAUAAAAAAUACAAAAAAUUACUCAUGUUUCAAUAACAAUAUGCAAUAAAACAUUAUAACCAUUA